GUAACGUUGCACAAACAUUACCCUAUCUUAAUCUCCUUUCUUUGUGGUUGUGUUGGAGUACAUGCGAAAAUUACCGCUAGUAACCUUUCUUUCUGACAUUUUUAUUGUUCUAAAUUAAAGUUGUUGGGGUUUUUUUUCCACUUAGUCUUUUUCUAUAUUUUGGUGUUUCCAGAAAACACAAAACAGUUUAAGCAAUGGAGCUGAUUGGAAACAGAUACAAAGGAAAUAUAAAACAUGGAAGGAUGGAAGGUUAUGGAGAAUAUACCUUUCCCACGGAUACUAAGUAUGUGGGAGACAUAAAAGAUGGGAAGUUUCAUGGCAAAGGCGUGCUAUACUUUCUAAAUGGAAGUAAAUAUAAAGCCACCUGGGAGGAAGGCAUAGCUGUAGACGGGACAUUUGUCUUCCCUGAUGGUCUGGAGUACAAGGACAAGGACUGGGCCUACUGUGAUGGUUAUGACAGGCGUUUCUACACCGAAAUAUGCUAUGGAUUCAUACCACCAGGAGAAACUCAGCUGACUAAUAUACACCCACCACCAGUUAUCCCUGAUGGCUGCUAUGAUUGUACAGAUGGUUUCUAUGACCCAAAAAUCAGAGUCAUCACUUCCUACUCUGGCGAAUUCCUCAGAAAUGCAGAUGACAAUGAGCAUGAGUGGAUAGUGAGCACAUGUCGCAGGGCUUGGGAUGUGCCUUUAACUGAUAUUCCUCUGCAAACCUCUCGCAACCAGAGCUGAGGAGAACAGCAAGAUUGUCUUGAAAGUGUUUUAAAUUGUGCUACUUCACAUAAACUGAGCUGUGGGGGUUUUCCCUCUUUCUUCAUUGUACUCAAGACAUAGCUGAAUAAAGGAAAAAAACUGUAAUCAAA